AACCGGCGCGCGUCCCCUUCUCAGUCGUCUCUCGGCACAGGAGAAGCUCUCCACUUGCUCUCUUACCAUGGCCCGUACCAAGCAGACCGCCCGUAAGUCCACCGGUGGCAAGGCUCCCCGCAAGCAGCUGGCCACCAAGGCCGCCCGCAAGAGCGCGCCGGCCACCGGCGGCGUAAAGAAACCUCACCGCUACCGGCCCGGCACCGUGGCCCUGCGGGAAAUCCGUCGCUACCAGAAGUCGACGGAGCUGCUGAUCCGCAAGCUGCCCUUCCAGCGACUGGUGCGAGAAAUCGCCCAGGACUUCAAGACCGACCUUCGCUUCCAGAGCUCGGCCGUCAUGGCUCUGCAGGAGGCCAGCGAGGCGUACCUGGUGGGGCUGUUUGAGGACACGAACCUGUGUGCCAUUCACGCCAAGAGAGUGACCAUCAUGCCCAAGGAUAUUCAGCUGGCCCGCCGCAUCCGCGGUGAGAGGGCGUAAGGCGCUGCUUUUCCUUUGCGGAAAGCCCACACCCCAAAGGCUCUUUUCAGAGCCACCCAUCUUCUCACGAGAGUAGCUGUGACCGCGUUACACUGACUCCCGGCCCGACUUUGCCCCUUGUCCCGCGUCCCUCUUCUGUCGUUCUGCUCGUCCUCAAUGGGCGCAGGGACGUAAAGGCGUAGUUAAGGGACAAAGCCUUAA